UCCCGCCCCCGGCCAGGCCUCGGACCCCGGCCAGCGCCUCAGGAACCAUGGCCCAGGUAGCGAUGUCCUCCCUGCCCGUUGAAGAUGAGGAGUUGUCAGAAAAUCGGAUGGUGGUGACGUUUCUUGUGUCUGCACUGGAAUCUAUGUGUAAGGAGCUGGCCAAGUCCAAGGCGGAAGUGGCCUGCAUGGCCAUAUAUGAGACCGAUGUGUUCGUAGUUGGGACAGAGAGGGGACGCGCCUUCGUCAAUGCCAGGAAGGACUUGCAGAAGGACUUCUCAGCCUACUGCUGUGAGGAACGGUGGAGCAAGGAGAAGCCUCCAAGCCCUGCAAUCAAGCCACAGGUGCACUGUGGGGAGGCCGAGGUGCUCAGGAGAGCGGUGGACGCCUACUUCUGCUCAUGUUAUGGCAAAGCCCUGGGGACUGUGGCCCCGGUAUCCGUGCCCUACGAGCAGAUGCUGUGUGGCCAGGCGGCUGUGGGGGUGUACGGGCUGCCAGAAGGACUGGCCUUCCAGCGUCCCGAGAACUACGACCUUGCCACCCUGAAGUGGAUUUUGGCGAACAAGGAAAGAAUCUCCUUCGUCGUCAGCAGACCUGUCCAUGGAGCCAACGGGCUGCUGGAUGGCUGUGAGAUGCCCAUGGAGGCUGAGCGAUCAACCCUGCCACCAAAUGAGAGCUGUGGCCCCAUUGAUGUGAAAACUGAACCUGAGGAGGAUUCUGGUGUGUCACACACAAGUGUGUCGCCGAGAAAUGAGGCCGUGUCUGUCAAGAGAGAGUCAGAGGAUCCUGAGGACGAUGAGGGUGGUGUGCAAGGAAGCCUCGAGUCCACGAGCAACAAAGCCAUGGAAAUGGAUGUGACAAUGAGAGCCUUCCAAAAAAGUCCCUCAGGGUCAUCUGUUGUCUCAGUAGAAGCCACGCCCCCUGUUCACCAGGCAUGCGAUCAGAGUGGGGACAAGCUCCCUGCAGGGUGGAGGGCCACCUGCGGGACUCAGGAGGGCGCAUUGCAGAUGUCAUUUGAGAUGGUUUCUUUCCAAGAGUCUGCACCACUGAGCUCCUCUGCAGCCAGCGAGGCCCCCCAAGCCCACGUGAAAAUGGAAGGACACACAGACUCGUCCAGUAUCACAGCUUCUGCAGCAAGUAUGGAAGACCUUACGAUCGUGCAGGUGACAGUUCCGGACAGUGAGAAGAAAAAGUUAUCAAGCGUGGAGAAGAUCAAGCAACUGCGAGAACAGGUUAACCACCUCUUCAGUCGGAAAUUUGGUGAGGCAAUCGGCGUGGAUUUCCCCGUGAAGGUUCCUUACAGGAAGAUCACCUUCAACCCCGGCUGUGUGGUGAUUGAUGGCAUGCCCCCGGGUGUGGUAUUCAAAGCCCCUGGGUACCUGGAGAUUAGCUCCAUGAGGCGGAUCCUGGAAGCUGCAGAGUUCAUCAAGUUCACGGUCAUCAGGCCGCUGCCUGGACUGGAGCUGAGCAAUGUGGGCAAGCGCAAGAUCGACCAGGAGGGCCGUGUGUUCCAGGAGAAGUGGGAGCGCGCCUACUUCUUCGUGGAGGUGCAGAACACGCCCAUGUGCCUGAUAUGUAAGCAGAGUGUGUCUGUGGCCAAGGAGUACAACCUGCGGCGCCACUACCGCACCAGCCACAGCCAGCACUACGACCGCUACACCGAGCACGCACGCGAUCUCAAGCUGCUUGAGCUCAAGACGGGGCUCACCAAGUACCUCCUGGGCCCCCCCGCCAUCGCACUCCCCAAUGCUGGCCCACCAGAACCCACCUCGGCCGAGCCCCCGAGGGAAGACUCAGCCGGGGGUCUGUGGGCCAGGCUGCGUGAGAAGAUCCGAUCGUUCAUGGCCUACUCCCUCGCCAUCGAUGAGAUCACAGACAUCAACAACACGGCACAGCUGGCCAUCUUCAUCCGUGGUGUGGACGCCGACUUCGAGGUGUCCGAGGAACUUCUGGAUACAGUGCCCAUGACGGGCGCCACAUCUGCCAGCGAGACCUUCACCCGCGUGGAGAAGAGUCUGAGGAAGUUCAACAUCGACUGGGCCAAAUUGGUCAGCGUGGCAUCCACUGGCUCCCCCGCCAUGGUAGACUCCAGCCACGGUCUGGUCCCCAGGCUGUGCGCCAGGGCAGCUGCAGCCAGCAAGGGCUCAGAGCUGAAAUCCCUGGGCUGCAUCAUCCGCCCUGAGACCCUGUGCGCCCAGAGCCUGGACAUGGAGCAUGUGAUGGAGGUGGUGGUAGACUCGGUGAACUGGAUCAGCUCCCGGGGCCUGAACCGCGGCGAGUUCACAGCCCUGCUGUACGAGCUGGACAGCCAGUACGGCAGCCUGUGGUACCACACCGGCGUCAAAUGGCUCAGCCGAGGCCUGGUGCUCCAACGCUUCUUCGAGUCGCUGGAGGACAUCGACUCCUUCCUGUCCUCCCGGGGGAGGCCGCUGCCCCAGCUAAGCUGCAAGGCCUGGGUGCUGGACUUGGCCUUCCUGGUAGACGUGACCACUCACCUCAACUCGCUGGCCCUGGCGCUGCAGGUCCACCCCCAGCUCGUCACCCGCAUGUUCGAUCUGUUUCGAGCCUUCCUGGCCAAGCUGGCCCUCUGGGAGACCCACUUGGCCCGAAACAACCUGGCCCACUUCCCCACGCUCAGGGCCGUGUCCCGCAGCGCCAGCGACGUCCUCGGCUACAUCCCCAGGAUUGCGGGGCUCAAGGCAGAGUUCCAGGCACGCCUGGCCGCCUUCCAUGCGCAGGAGUCCGAGCUGCGGCUGUUCAGCUCACCCUUCUCGGCUGCAGCGGACCACGUGCCCGAGGAACUGCAGAUGGAGGUGAUCGACCUGCAGUGCAACUCUGCGCUGCGGGCCCAGUACGAGCGGCUGGGCGUGCCCGAGUUCUGCAAGCACCUGCGGAGCAGCUAUCCCCGCUUCCGCGCCCACUGCGCCCGCGUCCUCUCCAUGUUCGGCAGCACCUUCGUCUGUGAGCAGCUCUUCUCCAUCCUGAAGCUGAGCAGGACGGAGGACCGCGCCGGGCCCGGGCCUGGCUCCUGAGGAUGGCCCGAACCCCACCCGCAUCGGAAAUGAGCGCCCCGCCCCGCCCGUCCCCCUUCAGAAGCCACUGUAGCUGACAAAGUUCUGUGUGUUUCUAAGCUUU